GAAAUCAGAUAUAAAUACAAGAGGCACCAUCUCUUUGACAAACUAACUACCGUACUCUUUCUCUACAGACAAUCCAGACACUACUCAUGUUCUCAGCCUCAUUCUCUCGUCUAUCGUCAACAGCAACCAAGCUCCGACGAUACCCUUCCCGCCUCCGUCCCAUCCAGAACACAAUGACCACAACCACGCCCCCAAACUUCCCCUUCCACCGCGCCUCAGGCCUCGAGCCGCCCGCAGAAUACGCCCGCCUCCGCGCAACAGAGCCUGUCUCGCAAGUAAAGCUCUACGACGGCUCCCUCGCAUGGCUAGUGACAAAGUACAAAGACGUCUGCGCCGUCGCCACGGAUCCACGUCUCUCCAAGGAGCGCACCCGCGCCGGGUUCCCCGAGCUCAGCGCCGGCGGGAAAGCAGCGGCCGCGAAUAAGCCCACCUUUGUCGACAUGGACGCGCCGGCGCAUAUGCAGCAGCGCGGCAUGGUUGAGCCGCUUUUUUUGCGGGAUCAUGUUGCGAGUAUGAAGCCGUAUAUCGAAAAGACUGUGAAUGGUCUCCUGGAGAGGAUGGUGGAGCAGGGGUGCGACGAGCCGGUUGACUUGAUUGACAAGUUUGCCGUGCCUGUUCCUUCAUAUAUCAUCUACACCAUCCUCGGUGUCCCGUUCGAGGACCUCGAGUACCUCACCCAGCAGAACGCCAUUCGAACCAACGGCAGCGGUACGGCACUGCAAGCUCAGUCUGCAAACCAAGAACUCCUCAACUACCUCGCAAAACUAGUCGACCAGCGCAACAUCGAGCCCAAAGACGACCUCAUCAGCAAACUGGUCGUAGAACAGCUCAGACCCGGCCAUAUUGAGAAAUCGGACGCCGUACAAAUCGCCUUCUUGCUGCUCGUUGCCGGGAACGCGACAAUGGUGAAUAUGAUUGCUUUGGGCGUCAUCGAACUCUUCCGAAACCCUACCCAGCUCGCCCAACUCAAAGCCGACCCCUCGCUCGCCUCAUCGUUCGUCGAAGAGCUGUGUAGAUACCACACUGGCUCCGCCAUGGCGAUGAAAAGGGUAGCCAAGGAGGACAUAAUCCUCGGCGGCAAGACGAUCAAGGCAGGCGAGGGCAUCAUUGCCUCAAACCAAUCCGGCAACCGAGACGAAGACGUCUUUCCCGACCCAGACGUCUUUGACAUGCACCGGACGCCGGACCCGAAUCACGCGCUGGGAUUCGGCUUUGGACCGCAUAGGUGUAUCGCCGAACCGCUUGCACGCGCGGAGCUCGAGGCUGUUUUUGCAACGCUCUUCCAGAAGCUCCCCAGUCUGAGAAUUGCCGUGCCGAUUUCGGAUAUCGAUUACACGCCCUUAAACAAGGAUGUCGGGGUGGUCAAGUUACCGGUGACAUGGUGACCGGUGGGAGAUAUUUCUAUUUCAGGCAGGAAAAUAGGCGGCAACGUAAGUUGGACGGCUUUAAGUUAGUAGGAAGCUCUCGGUAGUUGAUUGAUUACCUCUCUUCUCUGCUCUUAUGAUUAUGAAGAAGCUCCUUCCAUGUGAAAUCGAGGUUAAUUCGGGAAAGUAAAAAAGACUACAUAUAGAGGGGAGGACAUCAGACGACCAGGAAGGAGGGGUUAAAGCAAAGUUCACCAGUUCGCAAAGGCCCAGCUCGAUCCGGGUGCGCCGGUGAAACGCGGCAGUAAGCAGGCAUCGAGUAUCGUCGUCCUAAUGUCGAAGGUUGACGGAGCCGAAUUCGGCGAAUUUGCUUUUUGGGGUGAGUAAUUGCGUGAGAUUUUGAGUUGCGAGAAUGCCGUUGG